AUGCAACGACCGAAUCGAGCACGACGCGGGUGCACGGUGGGGUGACAAGGCUGCGGCGAUUUUUGGAGUCGAUGUCCUUGAAAGUGGCCAAGGCAACCGCAGGAAUGGUACUCGGAGAGCUGUAUGUCUCAGAUCGAGAGGGAAAUGAUGCUACAGGUGAUGGAACCAAGGAGAAACCUUUUAAAACAGGUCUAAAGGCUUUGAUGACAGUAGGAAAAGAACCGUUUCCUACCAUUUACGUAGAUUCACAAAAAGAAAAUGAGAGGUGGGAUGUUAUUUCUAAAUCGCAGAUGAAGAACAUUAGAAAAAUGUGGCACAGGGAACAAAUGAAGAAUGAAUGCCGGGAAAAGAAAGAGGCAGAAGACAAUUUGCGAAGAGAAAAAAACCUGGAAGAAGCAAAGAAGAUUACCAUUAAAAAUGAUCCAAGUCUUCCAGAGCCAAAAUGUGUGAAGAUUCAUGCAUUAGAAGCACAUAGAGGCCAAAGAGUAAAGGUGUUUGGCUGGGUCCACAGGCUGCGUAGGCAAGGAAAGAAUUUAAUGUUCCUGGUGUUGCGCGAUGGUACAGGUUAUCUCCAGUGUGUCUUGUCGGAUGAGCUGUGUCAGUGUUACAAUGGAGUGGUCUUGUCCACUGAGAGUAGUGUCGCAGUGUAUGGAAUGCUAAAUCUUACCCCAGAGGGCAAGCAGGCUCCAGGGGGCCAUGAGCUGAGCUGUGACUUCUGGGAACUAAUUGGGUUGGCCCCUGCUGGAGGAGCCGAUAACUUGAUCAACGAGGAAUCUGAUGUUGAUGUCCAGCUCAACAACAGACACAUGAUGAUCCGAGGAGAAAACAUGUCGAAAAUCUUGAAAGCCCGGUCGCUGAUCACCAGGUGCUUCAGAGAUCACUUCUUUGACAGGGGGUACUAUGAGGUUACUCCUCCAACAUUAGUGCAAACACAAGUAGAAGGUGGUUCCACACUCUUCAAGCUUGACUAUUUUGGGGAAGAGGCGUUUCUGACACAGUCCUCUCAGUUGUACCUGGAGACCUGCCUCCCAUCGCUCGGAGAUGUAUUUUGCAUUGCACAGUCAUACAGGGCAGAGCAAUCCAGAACUCGAAGGCACCUGGCAGAGUACACUCACAUUGAAGCAGAGUGCGCUUUCUUGACCUUUGAGGACCUCCUGACCCGAGUGGAGGACUUGAUUUGUGACGUGGUGGACAGAGUCUUGAAAUCCCCCAUAGCAAGUAUAGUGUAUGACCUCAACCCGAACUUCAAGCCCCCCAAACGGCCUUUUAAACGGAUGAACUAUUUGGAUGCCAUUGUGUGGCUAAAAGAACACAAUGUAAAGAAAGAAGAUGGAACUUUCUAUGAAUUUGGAGAAGAUAUCCCAGAAGCUCCUGAGAGACUGAUGACAGACACCAUUAAUGAGCCAAUCUUGCUGUGUCGAUUUCCUGUAGAGAUCAAGUCCUUCUAUAUGCAGCGAUGUCCUGAGGAUUCCCGCCUUACUGAAUCUGUUGACGUGUUGAUGCCUAAUGUUGGUGAGAUUGUGGGAGGCUCCAUGCGUAUUUGGGAUAGUGAAGAGAUUCUGGCAGGCUACAAAAGAGAAGGGAUUGACCCCACUCCCUAUUACUGGUAUACAGAUCAGAGAAAGUAUGGUACAUGUGCUCAUGGAGGAUAUGGCUUGGGCUUGGAACGAUUCUUAACUUGGAUUCUGAAUAGGUAUCACAUCCGAGAUGUGUGCUUAUACCCUCGAUUUGUCCAGCGCUGCACGCCAUAAUCAACUCCUCCUAAAGCUUUAAGGAGAAUACGGUUCACGAAAGGAACAGACUGCCUCUUUUUUUAAAAAGCCAAAAUUUUCCCUUUUUUUGUUUUAUUAGGGUUCAACUCUUUCUGUUUUCUCUUUCUGUUUAUUAUUUCUACUAUCAUAAAAAGUAGUUUACUUGGAUAUCAAGUGAACAUUGAUAUUGUCAUUUUAAGAAAACAAAAAUCCAUUAUAAAAUUUGGGUGAAAUAUGUGGCAUGUAACUGUAAUUAUGAAUAUAUUUUAGCAUUUUGGUAUCCACUUAUAGAUCAUAAGCUUUGUGCCAUAUAUUCCAUAUAUUUAAAUAAUUUUUAAUUAUGUUCUAAGACAUUCCAGUGACUUUGCUUUUCUGUCCUUUUAAGUGUAACUGGAAUUCUUCAGUUUAUAUCAUUUUAUUCUAUCCAUGAGUUAAAAUAAACCUCGUGGGUGAAAAUUGACAAUAUGGCAUAAGAAAUUGCUAGUUUCAGAAUAGGAUGUAAUUCAGCAAUAGAUACUGGGAUCAAAUGAAUACAGACUUUUGCAUCAGUUAUUAAUCUUUCUAAAUCUGUAUUGUUGCUUAUAAUUCUGAGGCAUACAAACUGAUGUGGAAUAAUUUCUAAAAAAUAGAAAUGUCUUAAAGAAUUUGACAUAAAAUCAUAAUUGUUGAAGUAAAUAAUGAAGUAAGAUCUCAUAUAUAUGUGUAUGUGUAUAUGUGUAUAUAUAUAUAUGGUGCAUAUAUAAUAUUGUUCGGUAGUUAAAUGAUUUACAGCAUCCCUCCUAGCAUUAGUUUAAGCUAAAGAGGCAGACUGGUUGUUCCUGGUAGUUCCUAAGUAAUUAAGAAUAAAUGAGUUUCAAAAGAAAUUAUAACAGGAAUCCUAAUAACAACUGUAAGUGGUUGUUUGAAUGGUCCUCACCAUGUCCUCAGAUCUAAUCUGUGUUACCUUAUUAACUCACAGCAGGCUUGUUGAAUGGCUUCAUUUCAGAUUGGGUUAAUUUCUCCCCCAAACUGCAUGUCAUGUAUUCUCAAUAGACUGUAUUCCCAGCAAUCAAUAAAUGGACACACAGAAAAAACACUUAGUUGGCUUAUUUU